CCCUGCGGUCAAUGUAUUUUUCCGUUUCAUUUUGUUGCAAACAUCCGUAAAUAACUAAUUAACUGUCAGAAACAGCUGUUCAACUGCAAAUGAGAAAUUCUUGAUUAAAAACAAAAGUGACUGUUGCAGAUCUCUGGUUGCAGCGUACAUAAUGGAUCAAUUUGACAGUGAAAGCUACUGGAAUCGUUCAUCGAGCAGAGGGUUCAGUUUCGACGAUGAUGAGGAUGUUCAAGGUGUAACUGCUGCUGGCAGUAACGUGAAUGUCAACAAUAUACUUAAUGACUACGAUACGAUCUCAGAGGCGAGCUUCGACAAUAGCGCUGCAGGCAGUACACUUAAUCUAUCGAUAAAAUCUGUAAUCUCUGAAGAAGCAUUAAAAAUGCUAAUCCAAGAACAAACGCUUGAUGACCGUAUAAUGUCGAAAGGUGUUGCGCCGGAAGAGGAGUUGCGUUUGCUACGCAGGCAAAUACAAACCACUUUUUACAAUCCCUCACCAGAAGCCACCGCGUAUAAACUAUUGCUUGGCAAAUGUGCGUCUUUGGAAGUAUUUAAAUCUUUGCACGAAAAAGAGCAAUUGUUAGAUGCAGUGCUGAAGUGUGGUGGCGGUGAUGCCGUUAUUGGUGUGCUACUUUUCUUGAAAAAGACCUUGAAUCACAGAAAUUUUCUCAAAAUUCUCGAACAAAGACCACAAGCCUUGCAAAGCUAUAGCGGUUAUCUGCAGCAGCGUCAGAGCCAAGAAGCUGUCGAAUUGCUACAACAUUUUGGCAAACAUCAAGAAGCAUCCUUAAUACAAUUCAAAUCUGCUAUGACCUGUAAUAAUCUGCAACAACGCAAACAAAAAUUGUUACAAUUACUCGAUCAAUAUAGCGGUGACAUGGGUGUGGUGAGCGUCUAUUUACCACACUUUGAAGCAGCAUUAAAGCUGCUUGAACUGAUCGAGAAAGAGCGAAAUACAUUGGACAAUCUGGUGGAUAUAAGCUCAACCCCCAUUGAGGUGCUAUAUCAAUGCUGUCGUAAGCACAACAACUGGAAGGAACAGGAUUUGACACGAGCUAUAUCACCUUUUCGUCUGAGUGCCGAUCUCCAUAUUUCACCAGCGCAAUUCGAAUGGACUGCUUUGAAUGAGCGCGCAAAUGCGCAGGCCUACGCUGAUUUGGAGAGUGUAUUCGAACGUGUGCCUGCUUGGCUACCGCUGAAACAGAAGCAAUUUCACAUAAGUUUCUCAUUAGAAUUGGCAGUGCUUCGUCUAUAUGCGCUGCAAGCGCCCACAAGUGUGCUGUACAUGUUCCUAUCGAAGAUGAGUAAUACGACGGAAAAAUUGGAGCUAGCUAAGCGUGUUAAGUGCGUGCGUGCGGUUGUCGAUGCUUUAGCUGGCAUGAAGGAUGCAAAUCAAUUGACGCAAUUAAAAGACAGUUUGCCGGAGCGUUCAGAGGAGCAAUUCUAUUGUGAAAAAGCGUUGAAAACGCUGCAAACAAAGCGUUGGACCACGGAUAAUAUUAAGUUGAAAUUAUAGUGCGAAGUAAUAUUUAUUUGUGUAUGAUUUGAAUCUCGGAAAAUUGCACAUGCUGUUAAAAAAAUUAUUCCCUGCGAUAUACUAAUAAGCGUAAAUAUAUAUUUUUGUUCACUGCA